AUGAAUUUUUCAAACAACAAAUCUACAGAUAUAAAUUCUAACACUGAGGGUUUAUCAAUCCCGUCUAUUCCAAAACACAGGCCUAUCAGGAAGGCAUACACAGUAGAUGCUACUCUUAAAAUAACUUCAUCAAAGCCACAAAAAAGAACAACAAAUGUUUUGGAAGAAGCAUUUGAUAAUGGUGUUAAAAUUCCAACUGUACCAUUGCAUAGACCUGUCAGGAGAACUACUACUGAUGAAAUCAACAAUUUGAUAAGAGACACAAAUGAAGAACUGCAACAAAUGGAGAAAUUAGUCACUAAACAUACACAUGCACGUCCAUCAGACAUAUCUAAAACACAAGAUACUAGUACAAAUUCUUUUUCUCCCAGAGCAUCUUCUGAUUUACUAAAUGAUUUUAAUAAAAAAUCGGAACCACCAGUGGUUCCUCAAAGGCCACAUUCCAAUAAAUCGUCAUUGUUAUCUAAUGUAGAAAACAAUUCACAAUCUACAGAUGUAGAUAGAACAAAGGCUAUGAAAGGCACAGAGACCACUAGUCUAUUGCAAUUAGAAUUUUCUGCAAUAGAUAAAGAAUCAAAUAAUUUUGAUUUCGAUAAGGAAGACUAUAAAUUGCCACAAGUUCCAUUAAAAAGACCUAUUAAAAGGCAAAGUUCUUUAGAACCAAAUGAACCAUCUAUGACAAAUCCUUUUUUUGACAGUAAGAAGAAUUACUGUGCAAUAGAAUCAGUAAAUAUUCCUGUGAAACUAAAAGAAGGACCAACAGAAAUAACAAAACCCAUACAAUUUAAUAAAGAAGAUACUGAUUUGAUAAAGGAAAAGAAUAUAAUGGAAUCAGCAGAUACUGAAACCAGCUUGGAUUUCAAUAAUUUUUCAAAUACAAAAGAAUUAAAUAAUGCCGAUAACGUCAAGCAGGACAUUCAAUCUUUUUGCCAAAAGAAUGAACAGACAAAUGAUGGAAUCAAUAGUUUAGUUAUCAAAACAGAGCCCAACCUUAAUACAGAACGAGAAAUUAGCAAAAAUUAUGACGAUAAAGAGAUAGAAAGAACAAUCGAUAUUAAUGAUAAUUGUGUUGCUAAAAAUGAAACCGUUGAAAUAGAAGAAACUGGGGAUGAAUCUGAUUGUUAUGAGAAGAAUAAUAAUAAUAUCCAAAACAAUGAAAUUGUUGGGAACAUUGAGAAUACUAAUGAUCGGACAGAACCUUUAAGUGAUGUGGAAGAUAGAGACUUACUUUCACAAAAUAUACCAUCAGGCAAUGCUGAUAUUGAAUCUUCCAAUGUAGAAGAAGAAAAAAGAGCAUUUGAAGAUGAGGAGAAUGAAAAAUCUGGAGUUGAACCAUUGAUAAAUCCUACAUCAUCAAAUUUAGAAAAAAUAUCAUCUUCAAUAUCUACUGCUAAGGAAAGUAACAAGGACCGUAAUUCGAAGAGUACAGAACAAAAUAUAGUUGUUGAAUCAGACUUGGAAAAUAACUUAGAAGGUGGUAUUAUUCCAAAAGAUAAUCCAGAACCACUACUUGAGAAGGAAGAGAACGUAAUUACUGACGGUAAUUUGAAAAUAAAUGAAGAUAAUAUGAAUUUCUUUUCCGAUGCUAAUAAAGAAAAUUCUUCAGAGGUGUUGCCAACUAAUAUAUCUGUGUCAAAAGUGAUACCACAAGUUCCUCUCUCAAGACCACAAAAGAGGGGACCACCACCAGUCCCUAAAAAGCCAUCAUCAAAAAUUGCUGCAUUCCAUGAAAUGCUACAGAAGCAGCAAAUGAAGGACUUUGAAACACAAGAUAUAAAACUAAUAAAGAAUGAAGAAACUGGUAAGCAACCGCCAAUAAAUAUAAACUUUAUCGAUAACUUAAACAAGUUAGUUGCCCUCCCAGGUAUGGUACCACCAAACCCAAAUUCUAUUUCUAAGGUUGGUAAUAAUGAGAAGAUGCAAGAUAAUGAUACUGUUGCAACAAAUGGCAAAUUUGAAUCAGAUAAAUCAACCACUAAGAAAGAACUUCAUGAUUUGCGUCAGCGGAGAAGUAAAGGGCCUAGGGGGAGAAAACUUCCAUCUAAUGUAAACAACAUGACUAAAAUUGUUGUUAAGAAUGAAAAUUAUGUGGUUAAAGUUAGACAUCUGUGGUCCUUGAAAUGUAAAAUAAAUAAUUUUACUGCACAGACUCUAGAAAAUGGUAGUUUAGUUGUGACAGAAGAUGGAAGGUUGAACGAUCAACAGAGUGAUGUUAUGGAUGCAGAUUCUUCAAAAGCUACAAAAGAGCAUUUACCUGAAGAUGAUUUGGUUAUGGGUUCAACAAUUCAUGCAGAGUCCAGAAAACUUUCAAACUCGACAAUAUCUUUAACUGAUAGCAUCCUAUCUCGAAACGAUUAUAAUGAUGAAGCCAUCUUGAGAAAAGAAAAAGACUUUGAGACGACUACUGAAAAACAAAUGCAAGGACACUUCAUAGAGAGUGACAGUGCGAUUGCCGAUUGUAUUAAUGAUUCAUUUGCGACUGACUCAAAGACAUCAACAGUAGGCAGUCUGAAACCAAUUGUCACGAGUAUUACUGAAGAAGGCAAUAUUAAUUCAAAUUGA